AUGGCGGACCAGGCGGAGCUCGCGUUCGUCAAGAACUUUGCGCACAUCCUCGCGUCCGCGCCUGUGCAGUACCCCGACGACUUCCAGCAGCCGCUGCAGAACUGGCUGAAGAAGGUCCCGACUCUCCCUGUGAGUGCUUUUCCUGAUAAUAUGUGUGUUGGAUGGGCGAGUGACAAGCCACGCCACGCAGCGUCUAUCACCGUCACCUUCAAAUCCAUCAAGCCGCCGAAAUCGUACACCCUCUCCGUCGCGCCGACGGACCCGAUCGCGUCGAUCAAAGCCCAGCUCGCCGCGCAGCCAGGCGCACCGCCCGCCGACGCGCAGCGCCUCCUGCUCAAGGGCAAGGCCCUCGCGGACAGCAAGCUCCUGCGCGAGUACGCCGUCUCGGACGGGGACACCGUCAACCUCCUCCUCAAGCCCGGGUUUGCCUGGGACCCGUCUGCCACUCCACCUAAACCCGCAAACGAAACCGAAACCGAGAUGAACGUGAACACGAAGCGCGCGGGUGCGCAUUCGCGCGUGCCGAGCGUCGUGCUGAGCCCGAGCCCGAGCGGCUCCUUCCCGGACGAGAAGCCCGUCGACAUCCUGCUCACGCUCGACACGAGCACGAUCCCGACGCCGAGCCUCUCCCCCGAGGCGUCCAGCAGCACGUACCACGACACGAUCGUCAAGCCCGAGUUCUGGGAGCACCUCCUCACGUUCCUCAGGUCGGAGUUCCAGAACUACGAGGACGCGACGCAGGCUUGGGAGGACUUCUUGAGGGUUAGCAAGGGCACGCUCACGCCCGGCCAGAUUGCGAAGAUUCGGGACCAUGUGGGCGUGGUGGGCAUGGCGGGCACAUAACGAGUGCAUGAUUGAACUGGAUGAGCUCUUUUUACUGUCAUUUUCUCAAGGAUACGGUUUUUCCCCCUCCAUACCUCUACUGGAAUACGUACGAGCAAUAAUCAUACCAUAAGGUCUUACUCGUGUUGCGCUAUGGCGGAUAUUCAAUCUGAUUGGACCGGCAAUUCGCGGGAGGAGCACUCAGAAUGUCUUAAAUUAGCCUGCCUUUCCUCUGAG